AUGAUCUUGUGUUCAUGCCUAGAGCUGAGGGCGGUUCAAGUGGAGCCAACCCAGGAGCUCGUGAACCUAUCCAGGAAGAUUCCAGAAGUCAUGUUGGCGAGUAGGGCACCGGGAACAGUGACCAAGUAUUUGUCGACAUUUCAGCGCUGGCAAGAGUGGGCUAGCAGUCAAGAGAUCCCGAGCGUACCAGCCGAGUCUUGGCACAUAUGUUUGUAUGUCGUGAAGCUGCUCCAGGAGGCACGGACAGCGUCACCAAUAACAUCCGCUAUUUGCGCGUUGGCCUGGUCGCACAAGGUGCGAGGCCUACCGGACCCCACAGACAACGCACAGGUUCGGAACCUAGUCCAGGCCGCCAAACGACUGCUGGCGGCGCCGAAGAACCGGAAGAGGCCGAUGACGAAGCAGAUGCUAAACCAAGUUGCUACCAGGCUCUUGCGCAAUGAAUCACUGCAGAACUUGCAGACAGCGACUCUGAUGACCGUUGGCUUCGCAGGGCUCUUGCGGUGGAACGACUUGUCAAACAUAUACGUCGACGAGAUCGAAAUCAAGGAAGAUUACAUGGCACUAUUUCUCGAAGUGAGAAAAAAUGAUCAACUGCGCCAAGGUAACUGGGUGCUGCUGUCAAGAUGGCAUGGAGCAGUAUGCCCAGUGGCUCUAACAGAGCGACUGCUGUCUAGAGGUGGCUACGAAGGCCACCAGAAGUUGUUCGGCUGUAUUCGGCAAGGAAACGCUAGUCAAGUUGUCCGGGACCAGAUGUCUUACAGCCGUGCCCGAGAGCUGAUCCGGGACGCGCUGUGCCAAGCGAAUUUCAACCCAAGCGCAUUUGGGCUGCAUAGCCUGCGUUCUGGGGGAGCAUCGGUGGCCGCGGCAGCAGGAGUCCCGGAUAGACUGAUCCAACGUCAGGGCGGCUGGAGAAGCGAAACAUCCAUGCGGAUGUACUUCAAGGAGUCACUCUCAGCAAUGCUCUCAGUGUCAAGGGCACUGGCCAUCCAUUAG